AAGCAUGACUUCAGAUGAGUCUUCUGGCAUUGCUCUGCUCAAGAGAAAUAGGGCUAAACUCUGUACGACGGAAAGUCGCCUAAAAGGUCUCUCUUUCGUUCCUCGACCAGAUGACGUGUUCAUUGCUACCUACCCCAAGGCGGGUACCACUUGGGUCCAACAGAUUGUUCAACAGCUCAGAACUCGCGGCAGCAUGGAUUUUGACGACAUCUUUGAUGUGAUACCUCGAAUCGAAAAAGCUGCCGACAUGGGAAUUGACCUGGAUGCGGAACAAGUGGCUAAGCCUCGAGCCUACAAAAUACACACUUGGUAUGAUCAUUGUCCAAAGGGGGCAAAGUGUAUUGUCGUUAUUCGAGAUCCAAGAUCUGUCGCAUCGUCUUUAUACAACUACGUGUGUGGCUGGUUGUUCCAACGUGAACAACUGGAUAUAGAGACAUUUAUCAGGGACUUCUUCCUUACACAGAGUCAGCCCACAUCAAAACUAGAGAAGGCAUCUUAUUGGCAUUUCUAUGCCUCUUGGUGGCCACAUAGAAAUGAUCCAAAUGUUCUCUGGUUGUUCUUUGAAGAUAUGCUGGAUAAUCAUCUUAGAGCUGUCAAGAAGAUUGCCGAGUUCAUCAACUGUGGUGCUGAUGAUGAUCAACUUCAUCAGUUAGUUGUUCAACAAUCCUCUCUCCAGUUCAUGAAAGAACACAUCAGUAAAUUCGAUAAUCAUACAGUACGAGCCAAGAGAAAUCAAACAAUGAAUGUAUCAGAGAGCGCGAGUGGAGCACCUCUAGUAAACGAAGGAAAAGCUGAUUCAUACAAGACACAAUUGUCUUCCAAAGCUAUCCAGGCAAUAGAUGAUAAGUGGAAAGUCAUGGAAGAAGCAACUGGAUGCGGCUCUUAUUCUGACCUUCGAAAGCAUUUUGGCACGACUGAAUCACCAUAAAUCAUGUGAUCUCGAGUUGCCAAUGUAGUUAAGAGAUUUUUCGUUCUUGUAACUUAGCUUCUACCACAGGUUUGCUCUGUUGCGUUGUUUACUGAUAGUUACAAGAUAGCUACAGUUUUAACAAUUACAAACAUUUCCAUGAUGCAGAUAAUGGCCGAGAUUAUCCAAUCAUUAUUGUAAAAUAUAAAAUACCAUACAUGU